ACACUAUUUUUAACAAAAGGCCCAGAAAAAGUAUGCCAAAUCAAUCGGAUGUACGUUGGUUUGUCAUCACCACCUUGGCCUCGUGGAACUUAGUGAGCGGUUUCGGGUUUUACGCCUACAUUCUGGAUUGCUUCUUUAAUUAUCCACCCGAGCACGAGAAAAGGCAGUUCAAAUAUCACACAUUUUCCGGUAGAAUUAACCAAGAUAUUGUUAUCGGAAUUACUAUGGUAAUGUUUUUACAGAUAUUAUCCACGAUAUUGCUGUGCCUGGCAUUAAAUGGGACCAAACGAAAAUGUUUUAUUUACGGAAUUUUUAUUAGCAUGGCUUUUCCGUGCGCCUGUCUUCCGGUUUGGCCUUUGGCUGUGGCACAUGUUUCCAUUGCUUUGGCAGCCCUUAGUUACUACUUCGGUUAAAUUACAAUGUUCUUUGAUUUACAAUCAACUAUUCAAAGAUUCUAAAUUGUCAUCAGCCUGAAAUCAUGCUACAUAAAUGAAUUUUUGUGGUCAUUGUACGUAUAAUUUUUGCAGUGACUUACGUAUUUUUAAACAAAAACUGUACUUGCGAAAUUGAACACUAU